CCCCCGCGCCCGGUCCCUCCCCCCGAGCGGCACCGGCUGCGGUCGCGGCUCCGGCAAAGUUUGCAGGCGCGCGGCGGAGACGGCGGGAUCGCGGCCCUGCCCGCACCAUGCGCCCGGGAGCCGCCGGCCGCCGAGCUCCGCAAGGGCGGCCCGUGAGCCCAGCCGCCGGCGCCCCGCACCUUCCCUAGGCGGCAGCGAGGCCCCGAUGCGCGGGUGCCCGGCAGAGACAUGUCCCGGCGGCGCCUGCUCGCCCUCCUGCUGGCCCUGCUUUCCCACUGCCAGGGACCCUCGGCCCAGGUCACGGACUUCCUCUUCGAGAGGUGGCAGGCCUACAGGGAGGAGUGUCACCACAACAUGAGCCUGCAGCCGCCGCCCACGGAGCUGGUCUGUAACCGCACCUUCGACAACUUCUCCUGCUGGCCUGACACACUGCCCAACGCCACCAUCAACGCCUCCUGCCCCUGGUUCCUGCCCUGGCACCGGAAAGUGAAGCACAGAUAUGUCUUCAAGACGUGCGGGCCGGAUGGGCAGUGGCUGAAGGGCCCCAAAGGGCAGUCCCUGCGCGACGCCACCCAGUGUGAGAUGGACCCCGAGGACCUCAAAGCCCAGGAUAAAUUCGCCAAGACCUAUGGCAGCUUCAAGAUCAUGUACACGGUGGGCUACUCUGUGUCGCUGGGCACGCUGCUCCUCGCCCUCACCAUCCUGUUGGGCUUCAGCAAGCUGCACUGCAUGCGAAACUACAUCCACAUGAACCUCUUCGCCUCCUUCGUCCUGAAGGGCAUCUCAGUGCUGGUGAUCGACGCCCUGCUCAAGACUCGCUACAGCGAGGAAAUCGAUGGCUACAAUGUUGGCACCUGGUUCAGCGAUGAGGCUGCCGCUGGCUGCCGGGCAGCCACUGUCUUCAUGCAAUAUGGCAUCGUGGCUAACUACUGCUGGCUCCUUGUGGAGGGCAUCUACCUGCACAACCUGCUGGUGCUGGCCGUCUUCUCCGAGCGGAGCUACUUCACCCUCUACCUGUGCAUCGGCUGGGGGGCCCCCAUCUUGUUCCUCGUGCCCUGGGUGGUCGUGAAGUUUCUGUACGAGAACAUUCAGUGCUGGAGCACCAACAACAACAUGGGCUUCUGGUGGAUCCUCCGCUUCCCCGUGUUCCUGGCCAUCCUGAUCAACUUCUUCAUCUUCAUCCGGAUCAUCCAGAUCCUGGUCUCCAAGCUCCGCGCACACCAGAUGCGCUACACGGACUACAAGUUUCGGCUGGCCAAGUCCACGCUGACGCUGAUCCCAUUGCUGGGCAUCCAUGAGGUGGUGUUUGCCUUCGUCACGGACGAGCACGCCCAGGGUACCCUGCGCUAUGUCAAGCUCUUCUUCGACCUCUUCCUGAGCUCCUUCCAGGGGAUGCUGGUGGCCAUCCUCUACUGCUUUGUGAACAAGGAGGUGCAGGCGGAGCUGCUGAAGCGGUGGCAGCGCUGGAAGCUUGGGAAGGACCUGGCCGAGGAGUACAAGCACACGUACAGCCACACGCCGCAGCCCCGCGGGGGCGGCAGCACCUGCGAGAAGCACCGGCUGGUGAGCUACAUCAACGGGGGCCGCGGGCUGCCCACCGCCCACACCAGCUCCCACUACCUCGAGCGCACGGGUGCCAGCCCCAGCCCCAGCCCCAGUGAAAGCCUCACCCCUGGCCAGCGCCAGCUGGCCUAUGACUUCCCGGGGGUGGCUGAGAGCACCUUCUGAGCCCCCCCAUGGCACGCCAGCACCGGGCCCCACAUGAGCCCCCACCCUGCCCUGGGCAGGCAGCAGGGACAUGGGCAGGCCCCAGGCUCGGACAUCGCGCCUGGAGAGACUGAGCGGGGCUGGAGGCAGGCGUGAAGGCCCUGAGCCUGUGCCUGCAGCAAGGCCUGGAACUGAUGCCCAAGCCACGUGGGCGGACUUGUGCAGGUGCUGCAGGAGACCCUGUUACCUGUGGGGAGAGGGAGCCUUGGCGAGCCCAGCCAGGUGGGGGGCAGCGGGCAGGGGGAGGUGCUCCUGCCCCAGAGGGCACUGCACCCGCAGGCACAGGGGUGGGGAGGAGGGGUGUCGGGGUGUCAGGUCCUUGCUUUGUCCCGGCCAGAGAUCCUGUCUCUGGGCAGCAACUCUGGGCAAGCAGCCCCGGCUGCCCGUCUCCCCAUGUCUGUGUCUGUCUGUGUUGGGGGGCGGGGGGGCACUGGCACCAAUAAACUGUGGUACCUUUCA